AAAUUCUCCGUAAAGCGUACCCCGGCCACAGUGCGCUUCGUUCCUCGUCAUCCUGUACGCAAACGCGUAUUUUUCUCACGGCUCUGAGAUGUUAUAGAAGGUUCGUCUCGCUUCGACGUAUCGAGGGUUACAUUGAACGAUCUUAACGGACUCGAACUAACCUAAUUGGCAAUUGGAAGCAAGUAAAAUUGGUUGCAUCUGACAAAAACAAUGUGUGCAACAAAAUCAUCAUCUGACGAAGAGACACCGACUGCGCAAGAUACAAAUUCGAUCACUAUAAAGAAGCCAAAUUUUCUCAGAAAAAAGAGAACAUUGCCAUUUGAGCUUCGAUUGCUCAAGCAAAUGCAACACGACCGCCGCAAAAAACUGCAGGGUGAACAGUAUGAUGAUAUUUGUGAUCACAUAUCGGUGAUCGAAAUGGAAUUAUCGGAGGUGAAUGAGCUUCUUGGUGAAGAUAUUGAAACAAAUGUCAAACAGGAACUGGCCUCGGAUUAUAAUCUUUCUAAGUGCAGACCGGCUGAGUCUCUAUUAAGUGAAAUACGUGCCCAGCAAAACUGCUCUUCUUCAAAUUUAUCAAGGGAUAAAUGUAAUUUUGACUUCGACGAGUAUGACAAUAUAGAAAUAGUAAUGAACUACGACGCGGACGAAAGUUGCACCGAAACUGAUGCUGUGAUUUUUGCAGGCCCAUCAAGUACGUCGCAAGAAGAAACAUGUCUCGUUACGGAAAAGAAAGAGACAUCUCAAGAUAAUGAACACGUGGAACCGAAUGAUGCUGACGCGGAAAAUCACGAGAAAUUUGAUACUGAUACGUCAAAUGAUGAAAGAGAAUUGUCAGCGUAUGAACAAUAUAAUCGAGCCUUAAAACCAUGGAAUCGUCAAGUUUUCGAAAUAGAACAAAUACUUAGGCGCAAAUACAAAAUUCAAGGGACGGUCAUUGCAUCUUCGUCACGGAUUCAAAAUUUUAGAAAUCUUCUAAUCAAUAUUAAGAAAAUACAUCAGUUAUUACUAGAGCCAAAGGAAUUGAAGAACGUGAAACAUUAUGCAGAACUACAGGCCAGAGUUGCCAUUACGAAAACGAUGGAAACCUGCAAUUUUCGGCCGUUUAAUUACCUCAGUGAGAAAAGUAUUCUCAUUUUGAAGCAAGCUGAUAAAGAACUGGCUGAAUUCCAGUAUAUAUUGUAUAAAUCCAAAAUGGAUCUUUUGAAAGGGUGACCUUUUUCAUCUUAUACCAAAUACGAUCUGAAUUGUUUCUCAGAAUUGAAAAAGAUUUUUUAUGAUAGAAGUAAGAUAAUAUGUAG